AUGUAUUUUAUUAAAUAUUUCCUUGUUUUUGCCUUGUUUGCAAUCCAACUUAGUGUUCAAAGGUCAACAUAUGCACCAUAUAUAACAUAUGAAGCAUACGAAGGAGAUUUUCCUUCAGACUAUGGAGAUAUAACAACAUUUAACAAACUAGGUAGUGAAGGAACUCGUGGGUCUGCAGGAGAAACAACAUUUGAGUAUGUAGUUGGUCCAGCACCAACAUCUGGCAGAUCAAGUAAAGGAAUAGAAACAUCAAUUCCUGCAGAAGAUACAACAUUUGACGAAUUAAGUAGUGAAGAAACUCAAGAGUCUGCAGAAGUAAUAGCAUUUAACGAAUUAGGUGAUAAAAUACCUCAAGAACCGGCAAAAGUGAUAGCAGUUAACGAAAUAGGUAAUGAAAUACUUCAAGAUUCAGUUGAAGAACCAACUAAAAAACUUAAGAAAGAUUCUAAAGUUAAAAAAGUUUUGAAAACUGCUUCACAUUUCUUAAAAGGUGCUUUAAAAACUGGGGUAUCAGCUGCUGGACAUGGAUUACUUGGAAACAUUUUAGGAGGUUCUUCUAAAAAUAAAAAGAGUAAAAAUGGUAAUGGAUUAUUUAAAGGUUUAUUUGGUAGCAACAAAAGUAAUUCUGAAUCUGAUGAAAGCAGCGAAGAAAAGUCUAAAAACAAGAAAAAAGGUGAAAACAAAUCUGACUCAGACGAAAAUGAAACAUCUUUAAAGAAAAAAUCAUCUGGUGGCUUUGUCGUAUGUAAAUGA